AUGCAAUCGAUGGCGCGCAGACUUGGCUUCUGCAGUUUGGUCGCCUUUGGGGCGCCCCUCACAGAGGAGAACGCUUUCUGGAACGUGAACUUGGAACGUCGCCAUGUCCCCGAGGAGUACAGAGGCGGCUGGGCCAACCAUAGCUACUUCCCGUCACCGGAGGACUGGCGAGCCUUGUCAAUCUAUCAGCUCCUCACGGACCGCUUCGCCGACGGGGACCCUCGGAACAACGAGCUGGCCGCCGGGGGCUUCGACGUGCGGGAUAUGACCCUACGCCACGGCGGGGACUUCAAAGGCCUGACCCAGAAGCUGCACUACAUCAAGGGCCUGGGCUGCCGCGGGAUUUGGAUCUCCCCCAUCUUCCAGAACGGGGAGAACAGCUACCACCAGUACUCCCAGCUGGACUUCACCCUGCUGGACCGGCGCUUGGGCACUUUGGAGGAGCUCCGAGCCCUCACCAGCGCGGCGCACGCGCUGGGCAUCUACGUUAUCGUGGACGUGGUCAUGAACCACAUGAGCAACGAGUUCUUCUUCGAGGGCCACGAGUUCGGCGCGGCGCCCUGGCGCUUCCACGAGGACGCGCACGGCGAGCGUGAGUACUUGUUGCGGCCCCGAAGGCCCGCAAAGGAGCUCCAGCAGACCCCGGCGGGGCGACAGCCCUAUAUGGACUUCUGGUACAACAACAGCUGGGAUCCCACCGCGCAAUAUCCAGGCACCCUCUACGGGCAGCACGGUGAGAAGGCCGUGGAUGUAGGGCAUGGGACCUAUGACAGCAGCGACUUCCACCACAACGGAGACCUCAAGGACUACUAUGACCCCUUCCAGAUCCACUACGGCAAGCUCUACGGCACCAUGGACGACCUUCGCUUGGAGCAUCGCCGGGUGCAGGCCAAGUACAUCGCGAUGACGAAGGCACUGAUCUCCAGUUGCGAUGUGGACGGAUUCCGCGUGGACACGCCGAUGCAGGUGCCGCUGGUCUUCUACAAGGCGUGGGCCCCUGCCAUGCGAAAGCACGCCCUUGGCCUCGGCAAGAAGAGCUUCGGCCUCUUCGGAGAGUUCUACGUGACGCCGGAGAGGUACGCCACGAUGACGGGCCGCGGCAAGGACCAGGCCAUGUAUGGCACGGAGAGCUUCAUCGAGGGACCUGCCACCAUGAAGGGAGGUAUUGUGUAUUCGUACUACUGGUACAUGUUCACAGCCUUCGUCUACAACCAGCCUCAGUAUGCUGAUGGCUUCCCCCUAGCCUACGCGGAGGAGAGCAACAUGCUGGACACCUAUGACGAGGCGAGUGGCCAAAAGCAGUACGCCAUGUGGAACUUCUGCAACAACCACGACAACUGGCGUUUGCAAGCCAUGACCAGCACCAGACAUUUGCUGCUCUGCCUGGUGGUGAUUACCUUCUGGCCGGGCAUCCCCUUGCACUACGCCGGUGACGAGCAGAACUUGGGUUCUCCGGGCAGCGCCUUGGACGGCUGGAGCCGCGAGGAGCUCGGGAGCUCCUUGGCCUGGCAGGCGGUGACCGUGACGCCCUCAGGCAACCCUGCGGACGGCGAUAACUUCGACAUGACCGCUCCCAACUACUUGUUCAUCGCGCGACUGAAUGCAUUGAGACGGAGUUACUUCGGGGACUUUGGCAGAGAAGAGUGUGACAAGCUGGUGCUGCCCGAGUCGCCCAUUCCCGAUGUGCUCGCCUUCUCGCGUGGGUGCACAGAGGAGGGCCGCGUCCUGGUGGUGGCCAACUUCCACGGCACCGCCUUCCGCUCCGCUCGCCUGCGCUGCAAAUGGCCCAAGGGUACCAAGCUGCAGGACACCCUGGAGCCAGCGGAUCCAUUGGCACUCCUCGCUGGUGAGGACGGGGAAAUCGCCCUACAGCUGCGGCCAUUGCAGUCGCUGGUCCUCGCGCCUGCGCCCCUGAGGCGUUUACCACCAGUGGUGGUCUCUGUGUCGCCGUCCCAUGGGGCGGUGCUUGCUCAGCUCCAAGGCGAGGUGCAGCUGCGGAUCCGCUUCGAUCGGCCCAUGCAGCCCACCGCCCGUGCUGUGACGCUGGACGGGGAAGGCAUCUUCUCCUGUCUCGACGACACCUGCCAAGAGGUCGGGGCAACUGUUCAGCUCGAGAACCUCUGCGACGGCACCCACCGCCUCGAGGCGCCCGAGGGCCUCGCGGAAAGUCUUAGCGGAGACUCCGUGGGCAAGACGGAGGCCAGCUUCAGGUCUUACUUCAUUGUAGACAGACACUCGGGCAUCGUCGCUGAGCCACGCAUGCAUGAGCACCGAGGGCUGAUCUGCGACCUGGGGCGCAAGCUCUGCCACAACGCCGCGGGGGCCGGAUGGCUCCGCAUCCGCGAUGUGGGCGGGAACUGGACCGCCUGGCGCCCCUACGAGGAGCAGAGCGACUGGCGAGCCACCAAAGGCGUGGGGGUGCUGGUGCAAUACCACGCAGAGGGCAGCGCCAGCUUCAUCGCAGGAGAUUGCAUGGUGCAGCCCUUGCAGCGGUGCCACAGCAGCUGGCAUCGGCACAUGCACUUGCGUGGGGACUUCAACCAGUGGGGCGAGGCAAAAGAUCUGUCCAUGCAGAAGGUGGAGCAUUUCACCUGGGCCGCCAACUUCACCACAGACACUUUCGUGAAGGUGAAGUUUGCGCCGGAGGUGGGGUGGCUGAAGUCCUAUGGCCUCCAUCCCAGCCGAAAGCUGCACUAUGGCCUGCCCCUCUUCGACAAGCGCAGCAAGUCCUUCCAAGUGGAGCCCUUCAUGUCUGGCGCCGAAGCCAGCCGCAGGUGGAUGAUGGAACGCGGCCGGUGGUCCAAACAUCAGAGUGUUGCCACAGGCGCUGACUUUGCCACAGACGUUUGGAUCUCUCAUCUCUGCACGCCGGAGCCGCCACCGUGCCCGCCGCCCUCCUCCGAUGAGGCGGACUGGCAGUGCCACAGCUAUCAAAGGGGUGAGAACCUGGACUGGUGCCAGCAGGUGGGCACUGUAGGCUGCGUCACCUACGCCGUUCAGAACUUCUCUGAGGAGAUGUCCUCCUGCGGCAAGUGCGACUGCUGCCGGAAAUUGGUGGCCCAGCUCCCCACAGGCCCCAAGCAGACGUGCUGCAUCCUUUUCAACGACCUGCUGCUGAACUAUACGGUUACGCCGGACCUGUCCUUGUGCACUCCCCAGCCGGUGAAGCUGGCACCAGCCUGGACAAUGUCGCCUGACACUGCCUUCCAGGUUCGCAGCAGAUGCGGCGAGGAUUCAGGUCCGGUGGUGGUGCAGGAGCGGCAGGCUACGGAAGAGAGCGAGGACACGGCCUGCGCGCCUUCCGAGAGUAGCUCCCUGGAGACCCACCUGGCCGUGGCAGCCUGGUCUGCCUUGCUAGUGAUCCUGCUGCUCUGCCACGCACCCAGCCGGAUCUACCUCAGCAUCGUACGCCAGGCCUCUCGCGAGACCAACGUCCAGGCCGGCGGCCCUUGCGCGCAAAGGGAGGAGCCGGAGCCGGCCGAGGAGCCGGAGCCGCCGGAGCCAGAGACACCGCAACCAGCUCCAACCAAGCAGCUGACUGCGCCGGGGUCGGAAGGCUCGGAGGCUGGGCGGCACGUGGUCUUUGCCUCCAUCGAGCACGUAGUGCCAGAGCGGAAUGUCAACGCCUGCACAGGAGACACCGGCAUCUUUCUGGACCUGAUGGAGGAGCACCCGCCUGGCACGCUGAGCAUGGUGCACCCCAUCCUGGCCGCAGACUACGGGGAGCUGGAUUGGUACUCCGAGUUGGCUGUGGUGGUCGAUGGGAAGAUCCAGGCGGUGCAGGUGCUGCGACUGGAGUGCGAGAAAAAUGAGGGGAGCCAUAAGGUGGUGUGGUACUUCCUGAAGCACGAGCUCUUCCUCGACCGCACCCAAGAGAGUUUGUACCCGGAGCCGCUGAGCAAGCUCCGGUCUUUGCGCUUCUACUCCUUGUGGAACCAGAGCGUGGCCAUGCUCUUGGAGACGCUGAAGCCGGAGGUCUUCCACUGCAUGGACUGGCACCAGGCAUUGGCGCCCCUCUACUUGGACACGGCCUGCCAGAUUCCCAUGGUGCUGCUGCUGCGACAAGGCGCCAUGGGCUCCGUAGACUCGGAGUCCUUGAGCGACCGCUUCUGGAAGACCGUGAGCCCCUUGAGGCGCAUGAGCCUGGUCUUCAACUUGAAGAUCCCGACCAUCCGGAGGUAUUGCAUCUUCGAAGGGCGGUUCAACAUGCUGAAAGCGGGGAUUCAGUUCAUCUCUGAGACUCAGCACGGCCGUGGCAUUUGCGUCCUCUCAGCGGCCUCCACUCUGCGCCGGGAGCAUCGCUUGCUGCAGGGCUACAAGUUGCGGGCCCUUGGGCAGCCCAGUUUGCGCCUGGCAUGCAGAGAUGCGAGCAGAAGCAUCGAGACCAUGAAGAAGCAAAGAGAAAGCGGGCGCCGGGCACUGCAGCAGCAUGCUGGCCUCAAAGGGGGUGGCAAGGUCUUGCUGUUCACCGGACCGUGGGCGUGGCAUGCAGGCGCGGAGCAGAUUGCGGAGGUGGUGCCGCAGAUCUUGUGUCGCCAUGAGGAGGCGCAAGUUUUGCUCUGCGGGCUUUGCAGCGACCUGUACGGGCUCAUGGCUCAGGAUGUGCUGAGCCGUGUCAUGGCCGCUUUCCCCGGCCGCAUCCACUUCCUCUCUGAGCGCUUCGAGUUGUCGGAGGAGCUCCGGGCAGGCGUCGACUUUUUGCUCGCGCCCUUCCUAGCGGAGCCGGUGGGGCAACGGGACCUCGAGCUGGGCGCUCUGGGCGUGCCCACUGUGGGCUGCGCAUCAGGCGCCGCAGGCCGUAUGCCUGGCAUUUACUUCAGGCAGCAGCACUCCAGCGCUGAGAUGCUGAAGAGCGGCUUCUUCUGCGCGCUGGACUACGCGCUGACCAUGCCCGAGGAGGAAUACUGGGAGCUGGCCAAGGCAGCCACUGAAGCACCGCAGGCACGACCGGGAGCCUGGAGCGACAGCCUCCACGAGGCCUACCAGGAGGUCAUCUUCAAGCGGAGAUGCCCCAAGGCCCACUUUGACGACUGCUUCCUGUGGAAAGGCAGUGCUGCCUCCCAAGAGGAUCUUCAGAUGGCCAUGGCGCCGCGUAGGAGCUCAGCGUUGCGCCGGGUCAGCUCCACGGCGGAUUUGGCGCAUCAGAUGCAGGUCCUGGACAUCGACGAGGACGCGGAGUUCCUGACGCAGCCGGUGAGCGAGAGCCGGGCACAGGAGAUCAUGAAGGCCGUCGCGGAGUCCCUGCCGCACCUCUCGGAUCACAUGGAUGCGACCAACCUUCAGCAGGACAUCGCGCAGGCCCGGCAGCGGCUGGAGGAGCGCCACGCGCUGACGCGGGGCCUGAUGAAGCCCUUCGCCGGGCUCUGCCUCAGGAUCCACCUGGUCAUGGCGGCCUGCUACGUCACCUCCUCCGUGGGCGAGCUGCUGCUUCAAACCCUCGAGGUGGAGGGCAUCGCGGGGCACUUCGUGCCCAGCGCGGAGAUCUGGCUGAGCUUCUUCGGGGCCUUUGCGCUGGGCUGCGUCUUAUGGCUUCGACUGUCCUUUGGCAUUCCUCCGAACCUCUUGAUGACGGUGUCGCAGGGCCUGAACCUGGCCGCCUUCCUGCUGCUGCCGCUUCUGCCGGAGCACCAGGACACCAACUGGUCCUACAUCUGCUUCGCAGCAGUCUCCGGUGUCCAGAGCUCCUCGAGACUGCUUUACCUGAUUUGGAACUUCAACGAGGAGAUGGAUCAUGGAUUCCAGGUGGCCAUUUGGCGGCUGGGGCUGCUGGAGGCCCUGCGCCGGUCGGUGGCCUGGAUCGCCCUGGUGGCCACCUUCGCCGGCAAGCUGUGGCUCUACAAGCAGGUCCAUGAACCUUGCGCCUCGUCUUUCCACUUGCACAAAGGUGUGGUCGGUGUCGUGAAAAGGAUCCACCAAAAGAACCGCCAUGCUUCGAAGAGCCAUUUUGUGGGCCAGCCCUUUGAUCUUGACCACACCUCCAGUGCCCUUUUAUGCGGGCCCUCUACCACCAACUACCAGAAGGAAGGAGCCAUGGCCGUGGCCUUGCGCAGGAGCCUCUCCGGAAGGAGCCUCUCUCGGUCUCAGGACCCACCUAGCAUCCCGGGCGUCGUCCCCGAGGCCCCGGCAUGGUCGAAGUCCGAGCGCUCCGAGCGCUCGGACCGCGCGGAGUCCAAGAAGACGCGCUUCACAGAGGAGGAGCCUGAGGAGAUUGACACCUCCGAGGGGGAGGUGCCGGAGGAGUCGGACUCCUCCAGCUCAAGCCCGGGUCUCCAACUUCGAGGCCCUGAGCCGCCGACCUCGAAGCCCAUGUCGAUGCCCUCGGAGGACAGCGCCACAAACCCCUUGAGCCUCAUGAAGCUGGGCUUGAUCCAGGAGUACAAGGCCAGAUUCCUGGAAAAGGUGAAGGAGAACCGCCGCGAGGUCACCUUGCCAGCCGCUACUGGCAUCUUGCGGGAGGUGCCCUUCUUCCGGGAGUUCGACGAUGUGCUCUCAGGCACCAUCUUCCACCUCUCCAAGCUCUCGCUUCUGCAAGAUGCUGAAGAAGGCGAGGUGCUCUUCCGGCAGGGCGACGACCCGGUGGAUUGCUACGUGGUGAUGCGAGGUGCCGUGGAGGUCUGGAUCCGCAAGGACGCCCAGACGUCUCCCCGGGACUUCACGGAGGACGACGUGGUGGUCACCCAGGAGCAGAAGAGGCGAGGCUGCCGCUGCUUCAGGCAGAUGCGACGAGGCCGUCAUGGAACUCAACGACUCCGAGCGAAAGUACGUCACCGAAGGCUUCAACACCUUCGGGGCCUCUUCGGACCUGGGCACCAUGGUGGCGGUGCUGAAGCGCGGCACGGCCUUCGGAGAGCUUGGGCUCAUGGAGCGGAAGCCGCGAGCUGCCUCCAUCCGCUGCGCGCAGAAGUGCACCUUCCUGGUUAUCCGGCGCAGCGCCUUCCACAAAUGGUUCUCGGAGAGCAUGGGCGCAGACGCCUACAGGAAGCGCAUCUUCUUCAUCCGGAAGAUCCCCGGGUUCCGGUACGAGACGCUGAGGAAUCCCAUGCGCACCGGGAGUAG